AUGUCUUGGAAUCGGUUUCUCGCGCUUAGUUACCUAAGCUCUGUGCCAGUGAUACUGGCAGUUCCCCAGGCAAAAGUUGCUCGAUCUACAACUGUUGCACCUGCGGUUAGUCACCCAACCUCACUAACCCACACUCCAUUCAGUGGCACCCCAACCCCCACCGGGGCUUUGCAUGCUUCUUCAAUUGAUACUGGGGUUCCCAGCUUGGGGAUCUCGCCCACAGCGACAACUUACCCUAGCGAUGGGCAACUCCACGACCCUCAGCCAGGUCCGUAUAUCCCAGCUGGGGGUGUGGGAACUAGUGGAGAAACGCCGGUUUACAACGCGAAGAGCGACUUCGACUAUGAAUCGUUGAAUAUACCGAACUUGAUCUGUUCCACGAUGGCUUGGUCCGCUUUUCGGUACUGGAAUUCACAGCUGCUGGGCUCACAGCUGAGGGUCGUUUUUUUGAUCGAGUUCAUGGCGGAUCAGGAGGUUGGACAUGCAACAAUGGUUACCAACAUACUGGGAGCUGAGGCCCCUAGAAUGUGCACCUAUAACUAUCCGUAUACUACAGUACAUGAGUUUGUGGACUUCUGUCCGAAGUUCACUCGCUUUGGGGAGUCUGGUGUUUAUGGUUUCCAACCUCAUCUCAAUUCGCGCGAGGCAGCAAUACUUCUUCUCCAGUCGAUUACCACAGAAGCUAGACAGCAAAUGAUUUUCCGUCAAUUCGAAGGACUUUUCCCGAUGCCGGUCUGGUUUGAGGUUGGUGUACCCCAGUCUUGGGCUUGGACAUUACUGGCACCAUACAUCAGCUCGUGCCCCGAGAAUCAGACCAGGUUGGCCUGGCAGAACUUCCCUGCCUUAUACAUCAAAAACCAGCCGAAUCCGGCGAGAAUCAACGGAUCAGCUGCCUUGAAUGAGACCGUAGGAGAAGGUGUGAAUUCAUUGAAUAGUACCGCUGUCCCUAGCGACGCCUCAUGUGUUAACUCCACUGCCCUGGGCACUAGCUGCUACCCUGCAAUUACGCAUAACCGCACGCUGCCCCUGUCAUGGCCAGGUCGAGAGGUAUUUAUUCACUGGGAUGAGCCAGGUCGACCAGCCGGACCUAACAACAGCUACAUCACCUCAACGAGCGCAGGAGAUCCCAAGUCCGUAGUGUGGGCAACGCAGUUGAAUGUGACGUAUUCUCCCCUAGAAAUGACUGGCGACAACUGUGGAUCGACAAUUAAACCUGGCAUUCAAACUUAUGCCGGUGAUCCUGCAAUCAAUGGCACCAUGUUCGUUGCGAUCACAGACUCAGACCCCUAUUUGAGUCCGUUCAACCUCUCAAUGAUCAAUCCCCACGUGGUUGCUGGCCCAGCCCUCUAUCAAUCUGGCUGA